CCCCAGUGCUGGUCGCUGAUUGGUCCGUGUCUGGGGCGGAAGAAUUCAAUUUCUCCAGUGCUUGGAUUCUGGUCGGUUCAUGUUUUCCGGGCUUGGCUCGGUCGGAUCCCGGGAGGACGUACACCGAAGCGGCACGUAUUGACUGGUGCUUACGGCUUCCCCAUGGCAACGGAGACUAGACACCGGCACGGAUGACGACGGGUUACCGCUAAAACAGCUCUGGCCCUCAAGGUUCCUUAAGAGUUGACGUGAAGCCAUGGCGGACAAUCACUCCAUAACAUCAGAUAACAUGAAGUCUAAUCUUAAUUUCCGUACAAGCUGCCGGAUGAUCAUAAAUCUGCUGAGAGACAAAGAUGCUUCAGUUAGUUUCUCUCCGGAGCAGCCAUUGACACCAGUCACUGACCUCACCAUGGGCUUUAGUAACCUCAGUACUUUCAGUGGUGAAACCCCUAAACGUUGCUUAAAUUUGUCCGACGUAAGUGGGGAUGAAGUUGGCUUGCAACAUUUUGUCUCACCUGUUAAAAUGCCAAAAGAUAAAGGAGACGUUACAAAUUCCUUAUGUAUCCCGCAAAUUGAAUUUUUUACUCCAGAAUCUGAAGUAGAAAGAAAAAAGUGCCAUAAAAAGAAAGUUAAAAGCGUAUUGCCAAGGCUUCUCUGCAGCACACCAAGUUUUAAGAAGUCUUCUGGAUGUCAGAACAACACAAGUAAUAAGGAAAAUGUAAGGGAUAGUGGGACAUUUAAGAAUCCAGGUAAACCAUGUUCUCUGCUGCUUCUCCCGGAAUCAGCUCAUGUACAGUUAUCUCCAACAUUUGGAGGCAAGGAUGAUCCCACUACAGAGUAUGAGGCUGAGAUACAUGUCUUAGGUUCACCUAUCAAUACUGUUCCAACAUGUAUAGAUGAGGGCAAGGGAGACCUUGAUGGAUUCUCAGAAUUUUUUGCCAUGGACGAUGAAGAGGAUGCUGAGAAUACAUCCACGGUAGCUGCUAAUGUGUCCUCUUCAAUGGCAGUUUUGCUGAGUGGACCCUUCCUAAAUCAGGAUGUUGAUGUCAGUAAUGGGUCUAUGAACCGAAGUCGCCUUUACAGAUCACCAUCAAUGCCAGAGAAACUAGACCGACCUGUGCUAAAGAGGACAGUGAGACCCCAAGAUAAUGAAACUCCAGUUAAGGUGAAAAGAAGGCGCAGCACUAGCAGCCCCCUCCAACCUGAAGCAGAUGAGAACGGCCGAACAAGGAGACGAGGCACCUCUCUGAAGAAGACUCUUUCUUUAUGUGAUGUGGACAUUUCAAAGGCUUUGGAUGAGGAUUACAGUCACAGGCAGCUCGUAGGAGACUUUUCAAAGGUUUAUGCUCUGCCUACCGUGACCGGACGUCAUCAGGAUCUCCGCUACAUAACAGCUGAGACUAUGGCAGCCUUAAUUAAUGGAGAAUUCAGCAGUCUGGUGGAGAAGGCUUACGUUGUUGACUGUCGCUAUCCAUAUGAAUAUGAAGGGGGUCAUAUCCAGGGAGCUUUAAAUCUUCAUCGACCAGAAGAUGUGUUGGAUUAUUUUCUCAAGUGUCCUUUGGUACCUUCAUUGGCAGAAAAGCGCAUUAUCCUGGUGUUUCACUGCGAGUUCUCAUCUGAAAGAGGUCCAAAAAUGUGUCGCUUCUUGAGAGAAGAAGAUCGUGCCAGGAAUGACUAUCCAAGUCUUUAUUAUCCAGAGGUGUACCUACUAAAAGGGGGAUACAAAGAGUUUUUCCCACAAUACAAGGCUUUGUGUGAGCCUCAAAGCUACUGCCCGAUGCAUCACCAGGAUUAUCAACAAGAACUACUAAAAUGUCGUACAAAAAGCAAAUCCUGGGCCGGAGAACGGAAGAGGCGGGAACAAAUAGCCCGGUUAAUGAAACUGUAGCAUACAGCUUGGAUGCGUCUUCAACUACGUUGUCAAGAACUUGAAUAUAAACACCUUGCGACACUACAUCACUACCAAAAUAACCAUGGCUGCUUCUAGAGGAUGCCCUCAUCUGUACUGCUCUCACUGUGAACUAAUUUUAUUAUAUUUACUAUAAAUUAAAAAAAAAAAUGCAAGUAUGCACUAGAGGUAUACGUGCCUUUGGGAAGAAGUUUAGGUUUGACUAGGAGAUACAAAUGUUUAUGUGAAUGGUGAACAAAAGUGCCUUCUUACCUUUCUGAAAGCGGCUUGGAAGAGUGAAAUCUCCUUACAAAUCAUGUCCUUUAUGCAGACCAGCACUAAUUCAUACAUCUACUAUGAACCUGCAAUGAGUACAAGCUUUAUUAAAGGGGUACUCUGCUGCCCUGCUUCGGAAGCGCCGCUCCCCAGCGUCCGGAAGUUUAUUGUUCCGAACG